ACCUACUAUCAGACUACUCCUUUCUUAGACCUUCCUCUAUUGCGAAUUCUAUCUGCCAGAGCAUUACAGUUCAAGCAACGACCUGUAUCCUUAUCAUCAUGAAGUUCCUAACUGCCGCCACCCUCUUUACCUUACUUCCUGCCUUGAGUAUGGCUUGCGCCGUCUAUGAUAAUUGUCUUUGCCAAAACAGCGAUGGCAGUUUCAACGAUGACGCUACCCAGAAAGCAUGUGCCAACUUCAGUGGAAAUUAUGACGUGUUUGAUGACGGCCGUCACUACUGCGCUGCCGCGGCUAUCCAUGCUGGAGCAGCUGGAGGAGCGAUUUUGUCCUUCAACAACUGUCGCUUCAGGGAAACCUGUAACAAUCAUGGGGCCACUGGAGACUCUAACUGCUGGGCUAAAGAGUGGGCUUAGGGCUUAGGGCUUAACGUAGGUGAUAAGCGAGUGGAACCUUCAAGCGAGUGGAACCUGUAAGCUCGUGUUGGUGGAUUGGCUGUUGUCAGAUAAUAGCACUGUUGAAGAGAAGAGCGUACAGACGCUGGGUUAGACUAGCGCGACCCGGCAUCUGUGAGAGCCAAUCGGAUCAGAGGAAGGCUUGGCACCCCCAAGGUAUGCCCACAACCGUAGACAGAACCACAACACAAUUAAUCAUCAAUAUCAUCACUAUUAUUACCUA